AUGCGUGCUAGAUUCGGGCCGGAUGGAUUGAUGACCCUGGUAAUUGCGCUGGUUUGCGGCGUGGAGGAAUUCCCCCGGGAUCAGCGGAUUGUCACAUGCACCGGCCGACGCAGUCUGCGUCUACAGCACGUCCACCUUAAGAGGGUGCACCAACGCACACCGGCAAAAUUAACCCCAACAACCAGCAGCCAACGUCAGUCCUUUUAUCCCUGCGACGUCCGAGCCAAUCAGGAAAACCGACUUAGAAAACGCACCAGUGUAGUCUGA